CACUUUGGCAGCAGUGCUGACUUAGUAUUCGAUGCUAUAGUUUCUAUUCGACUGCCACGCUCAAAACAACUCAUUCACUUCCCUUAAUACAUUCCCUUGCGUAGUAUUAUAAAAUGAGUACAAUAAUACAUUUAUGAUUUUUUUAAACUGUUUGCUAUACUUGUUAUUUCUUUUAAUUUAGUUGAAUUUAAGUUUUAAAAUAAAAAUAAAAACAGUGCAUCAAAAAUGGAAAAAAGUACAAAUAUUGAUUUUUAUAUGGAUAAUUUAGGGGACUUCGGAUCAUACCAACUGCGGCAGUUUUUACUAAAUCUAAUGUCAGCAUUCACAGCUGGUCUACACAUGAUGGCUUUAGUCACUGUUGCUGCUGUACCUGACUACAAUUGUUUGAUACCGGAAUUAGAAUCGGAAUCAAAUAUAACAAAUUGGAUCGUGGCACCCAAAUUCAAUAAUGAUUCGUGUCAAGCAAUAAUUAAUUAUAAUAAAACCAUUAAUUGUGAAAAAUGGUCAUUUAACGAAACAUAUUACGGGAGUACUAGAGCUACGCAGUGGAAUAUGAUUUGCGAUAAUCGAUGGAUGGGGUCUUUAGCACAGAUGAGUUACAUGUUUGGAGUAUUUACCGGCGCAGUUGUGCUUGGAAGUCUUGCUGAUAAAUUUGGCCGUAAAAAGAUUUUCUGCGUUUCAGCUGUAGCACAAUUAUUUCUUAGUGUUGGAGUAGCAUUUCUUAAUAACUAUUGGAUAUUUAUAGCUACCACAUAUGUAUAUGGAAUUUUCGGUUCAUCGGGGUCUUACAUUUCUGGAUUUGUUUUAACUAUGGAGUUGGUAGGACCCUCAAAACGUUCAAUGUGUGGAAUUCUAUUUCAAACAACAUUUGCUUCUGGUAUUAUGGCCGUGGCAGCGUGGGGAUAUUUCGUCAGAGAUACCUUUUUACUACAAAUUAUAUAUGGAUUACAUAGUUUAAUACUAAUUCCUCAUUUCUGGUUGAUUGACGAGUCUCCAAGAUGGUUGUGGGGCCAAGGAAGGAAAGAAGAAGCAAUUAAAAUUGUACAAAAAGCACUGAAAACCAAUAAUAACACAACGCCAAUAUUAUUAGAAAAAGAACAAAUGUUGUCAUUAAAUAAUGACGAACCCAUCAAAGAAAACAAUCAAAAUCGAUCGUAUUCGAUAUUGGAUUUGUUCAAGACACCAAACCUGAGAAAUAAUACGAUCAAUGUUUGUCUUUAUUGGUUUGCUGCUAGUUUUGGAUACUAUGGUAUUUCGCUACGAACAGGAAAUCUACCAGGGAACCCAUAUUUUAUGCUUUUUGUGAUGGCAGCUGUGGAAAUUCCUAGUUAUGUAUUUGUAACAUUAUCAAUGGAUCGUGUGGGAAGACGAUUUCUUAGCAGUUCAAUGAUGAUUGUUGGAGGAACUGCUUUGCUUAUUUCUGCAUUUUUCCCUUCGGAUCCAUUAUCACAGUCAAUAUCUACUGGUAUUGUGUUCCUUGGAAAGUUUUGCAUAGCCGGAGCUUUUGCUAUUAUAUACAAUUAUACUGUAGAACGUUUCCCCACUGUGGUCCGAAACACCGCUAUUGGACUUGGAAGCAUGUUCGCGCGUCUAGCCGGUGGUUUUACUCCUUUAGUUACUCUACUGGAUGUAUAUGACGUAAGAGCCCCUGCAAUAACGUUUGCUCUAGUGACCCUUAUGUCUGGAAUAUUGAGUACUCUACUUCCAGAGACCCUUAAUACAGUAAUGCCACAAACCAUGGAAGACGGUGAAGAAUUUGGGAAAGGCGAUACAUGUUUUACUACUGGAUGUUUUGGACGAUCAAAAAAACCGCAGUCGAAACAAAAAGAUAUACCUCUUGAAGAAAGUUACUAAUUGUAAAUCAAAACAACAAGGAACUUUAGUAAUCUAGUUUUUAAGUUAAGUUAUUCUUAUGUAAAUUGUUUUUCAAAUAUGUACCUAUAUUUUGGAGAUACAUAUUUUAUUUUACAUUUUACAUUUUAUAUGUAAUUUAUUUUUUAACUCA